AUGGCCAAACCAAUCCCUUCACCUCUCUAUGAAAAAAUUCCCCAGAAGAACACACUCCAUAGAGCCUUGGACCUCACCAUCUUCUUCCUUCUUCUCUCUCUCCUUGCUUAUCGUCUCCUUUCCCUCAAAAACAAUGGCUUCACUUGGCUCCUCGCCUUCCUCUGUGAGUCAUGGUUCACCUUUAUUUGGAUUCUUAACGUCAGCACCAAAUGGAACCCUGUGUCCUACAAAACAUACCCUGAACGUCUUCUACAAUGUUAUCGAGUUGAUGAGCUUCCUCCAGUGGACAUGUUUGUGACAACUGCAGACCCCAUGCUGGAACCCCCUAUCAUCACUGUAAACACUGUCCUCUCCUUGCUGGCAGUUGACUAUCCAGCUAACAAGCUUUCUUGCUAUGUGUCCGAUGAUGGGGCUUCCCCUCUCACCUUCUACGCUCUCCUUGAAGCAUCCAAGUUUGCUAAGCUUUGGGUUCCUUUCUGUAAGAAGUAUGGUAUUCAAACUAGAGCUCCCUUUAGAUACAUCUCCAGAGAGUUGUUACCAUCCCAUGAUAAUUCAACGGAGUUCCUACAAGAAUACAGAAAGAUAAUGGGCGAAUAUGAAGAGCUUAGACGAAGAAUUGAAGACGCAACCCUGAAGUCAAUAUCAUAUGAGUUUAGUACUGCAGAUUUUGUCGCUUUCUCAAAUAUAAAAAAGGGAAGCCAUCCAACUAUAAUCAAGGUUAUAUUGGAGAACAAGGAGAGCCGCUCUGAUGGACUGCCACAUCUAGUCUAUGUAUCCAGAGAGAAGGAUCCCAAGCAUCCACACCAUUACAAAGCCGGUGCCAUGAAUGUUCUGACCAGAGUCUCUGGAGCUAUGACAAAUGCUCCUUUCAUGCUGAACGUAGACUGUGAUAUGUACGCCAACAAUCCACUGAUUUUUCAUCAUGCAAUGUGUUUGCUCCUCGGUUCCAAGAAUGAACAGGACUGCGGGUUUGUUCAGUCUCCACAAUGCUUCUAUGAUGGACUAAAGGACGACCCAUUUGGAAAUCAGCUAGUAGUUUUGUAUAAGUAUCUGGGAAGUGGGAUAGCAGGGCUUCAAGGACCUACGUACUCUGGAACGGGAUGUUUUCAUAGAAGAAAAGUUAUCUAUGGGUUAUGGCCAGAUGGCAGGAUGGAGAUUAAAGGAAGAAGUGGAAAAUUAACUGAUGAGAGAAUACAAAAAACAUUCGGAAAUUCAAAGGAAUUCACCACAACAGCUGCAAGGCUCUUAUCCGGGUUGAGCGGGAUUUCGCAUUGUCCAUAUGAUCUUUUGAAUCGGGUUGAGGCAGCACAAGAAGUUGCAACUUGCAGCUACGAGUAUGGAACUAGCUGGGGUACAAAGGCGCAUGGGAUGAGAGUAGUUGAGCUCGACUUUUUAGGGAUAGAUCGGUUAGUCAAGUCAACCUGCAAGUCUCAGAUUGGUUGGUUAUAUGGAACCACAACAGAAGACGUCCUCACAGGUAUGAGGAUACAUGCAAGAGGUUGGAAAUCCACAGAUUGCCGGCCUGACCCUCCUGCAUUUCUUGGGUGCGCACCCUCAGGCGGGCCUGCUGCACUUACCCAACAGAAGAGAUGGGCCACUGGCUUCCUUGAGAUCCUGUUCAGCAAGAACAGCCCAUUCAUUGCCUCCUUCACUGCAAAGCUCCAAUUUCGCCAAUGCCUUGCAUACGUGUGGCUUAUUUCAUGGGCUUUACGGUCAAUUCCCGAGCUGUGUUAUCUUGCUUUGCCAGCAUAUUGCAUCAUGGCCGGCUCACAUUUCUUGCCCAAGGUCCAAGAGCCAGCUGUGUUGAUACCAAUAUCCCUCUUUGUCAGUUACAAUUUUUACAAUCUAUUUGAAUACUAUGGAGCUGGGUUUUCAAUCCGAGCAUGCUGGAACAAUUUGAGGAUGGGGAGAAUAACCGCAGUGACUGCAUGGUUAUUUGGAUUUUUCAGUGUCAUUCUAAAGCUCCUGGGGUUGUCGGAGACCGUCUUUGAAGUUACAAAAAAGGACCAAUCUACUACUCCUGGUGAAGGCAGUGACAAUGAUGCUGGUCGAUUCACCUUUGAUGGGUCUCUGAUUUUUGUUCCGGCCACUACUCUUUUGUUGGUGCACCUGAUGGCACUUUUUACAGCCUUGUUAGGACUAUUUGAUCAUGUCGGGAUCGAAUCAAGAAUAGGGGAGAUAAUAUGUAGUGUGUGGGUGGUGCUAUGCUUCUCGCCGUUUCUUGAAGGCCUGUUUGGGAAAGGAAAAUAUGGGAUACCCACAUCCUCCAUAAGCAAUUUGCUUUUCACCAUUGCCGUAGCAGCAGCAGCUCCAUGA